GUGGAGACGAGUCGGGUAUGCAAGUCAUCGGGACCACCCUUGCCGCCGUUGCCGCCAUCGCCGCCGCGGACGUUGACUGUACGCAGUAUGCCGUCACCACGCAAAGCUCGUACUCGACGGAGUGCACUGACGCCGACCAAAACAACAACAAGAUUCACGUCUGGCCCGUGGGCCAACCUGCCACGUACUGCCAUGGGUGGGAAGCAUCCGACCAAGGCGGGAACAAGGAAAAGAUGAGCGCAAACUCGAUCAAAUGCUCGCCGGAUGCGUCCAUCUUGUACUACACACUGUACUACGGGGUCAUUGACUGUGGAGCCACCACCAAGCCCAACAAAGUUGAAGAGCGCAACUUCACCUCGACGUGCGAAAAGGGCGAAGACAACAUGUACGGACUUGCCCUCGAUCUCAGCUGCUGCGACACUCGCGGCACGGGCUUUUCCAAUUGCAAGAAGGCGGCUCCGUCGGUCCAAUUUUCGUCAAACUUGGGCAACCCCAAGUACUACGCCAACGGCUUGUUGUGCCUCAGCGGUAACAGCAGUUCUUCCACAGCGGCCCCCACCACAAUGAAAGCGACGACAACCUCGCCAACGACUGUGGCCGCCACCGCUGCGCCCACUACCGCUCCCAAUAGUUCAAUCUCUGUUGCCGCCCUUAGCGCCAUUUCGCUUGUUAUUGCUGCGCUUGCCUUGUAAGCCCUCUUUAAUGUGUUUGAGUUGCCGC